AUGAAACGUCUGUGUGGGUUUUACUACGCUGAUUUUCGAUUGCCCAAUGCGAAGUUAUGCUUGCGGGCCGUCAAGGCGCCGGCGUCUAGGUACAGCCCCUCUACCUGUGUACUAUAUACAUGUGCAUCCCAGAAAUUGUAUGGUAGAAGGAGUCAACUAGAAUGAUCCCACGACUCCUUUGCCAUAUGUCAACAUAGCGAACCACGUAUUGGCUGUGUUGCGCACGCAAAAUUAAGUUGACAUUUUGUGCACAUGUUGGACGUACUUUUGGCAACUUGAGGCUUUUUCCGCGGAUUAGUUCGUAGCUUUUGGAAAAUCCCCAUUUUCACAGUGUGCUGAACUGACGUUUGUCCUCCCACGACUUGCUUACCGUGCAGUUGCAUCGACAAUUUGGCAUGCACUGCACUGUCAUGACAGAUGCCGACUCCAUUAUGCUAGCACGAAAUGUUCCAUAAGUAUCUCCCGUGAUGUCGUUUACCAAUUAGAACUGUGGUUAUAGUUUGAAUUCCUUAUUUGUAUUCCAUUUAUGUUGCGGCCCCCGACUUCUAAAAUACAACCUUGUCACUUGCCUGUUCACAGUUUCGUGCCUAAGCGUGGAGGAAGAUAAUUAGGGAUCUGCAGAUCCGUACAGGCUAUUGUGAUGGACAUGUAACCCCUGGAUAUAUCUUGAUCCACUCGCUGGACUUAACCGUAUUUACUUAUCUUCCUUAAUUUGUCAAGCAAGCUUUCGACUGUCACUACUGCAAAGUUGUUCGGGAGGCAUGAUGUUUGUGGCAUAAAUCGCCUUCGUCGGCCAUGCUGGGCUUUAUUAAGAAUCGAAAUGGGGUCCUAAACCAGUUUAAGAAGUGAGGAAAUACAUUUGCAAAGGAUAUGGGACAUUUCAAUGUUGUGGCUGCAGGAGUUUCUAGUUUUGGAUGUACUGCCCUCUUUAGCCUUCUUCAUCGCACAAAGUGCACUUGUUCCGAUUUUUCAUCCAGCGUCAUAAGGCGCCUUUUUAUUUUUUGGAAUAACUGUUUUUCGUGUUUAAAUCGUUCUGUUUCUGAUUUUCAUUUGAAAGUAAGCAUAUGGGGAGGAUUUAUUAGUGGUAGGAAAUUCCCCGAAUUCUUAUUAACUGCAUCUUGUAGCUUCACAGCAUGAGUGCGAAGCAUCAAUGAAAGAAAUUCUAACUCACCCCAGCUCAUUUUUACAGACACACUAUGACAGUUUUAGUCAAACGGACAAAGAAUGUCCUGCCUAACCGCAUUCACUCAGACUGUUUAUAAAUUUACAUAUAUUUGUGGAUCCAAGUAUGUUGAUCGAACGCAAAGCCAACUGGUAGUCAUGCAGUUAAGCCCCUGCCUAGAUGACUUCAAAAGUGACAAGACGAAGCCCCGUUUUUUGAUAGUGAAAUGCCUCCCAGAUAUUGAGAACUCUGCUGCUCCAGAAGGAGCGUUCCGAGUCACCCGGAAGAGUCAGGAACCUUAACUUACACUAACGGUGUAGUGUAGUAGUUAGGACCGUAGCAAGCACACGAGAUGGAGAGGACGAACGAAUAUGGCUGUAAGAGUCAGAACGAGAAUACCCUAUAACAGGGCUUUAUUCAUCUUACAAUUGACGUACUGGGACUGAAAAGAGAAAUAGAAAAGUAGUAGGUAAGGUGGAAUUUAGCCCGGGGCUUAUGUUAGCAUGACAUGUAGUGAGCCUGAUUUUUUGGUUAUUUUUUCCUUUUGCUUUUCGCACCCGUUUGUACGUUACCGUGGUUUCUUUCUCCCAUCACGUUUUUAAGUAACUUUAACCGAGUAGCCUGCGUGUUCUGAAGCACGACUACGCCACUUCCACAUCGAUGUUCUGAAUAAAUUCACUCUCUUGUGUUCUGUUAACUCGUUAUCCAUGUUAUGAAACGACGGAAAGCAGUUAAUUCCCAGUUGCGAAAUUUAUGAAUGCUAAUAAAUCAUGCUAUAUAUUUUUUUGAUGUCCUUUUUAUACACCACUCCCUUUUUUGAAAGACCUCGGAGCCAAAAAGGCUUUAAAACUUGAAGUCAGCGUCCUCAUCCUGCAAGAUGAACCCGACUAAAAGACGUCCUGUUUUCAUUUAAUUUAUUCACGGUACAUCGAAUUUCAUCCUUGGUGAUCCAGAAUUUUCGCAUUUCAGCUUCCUCAUGUAGUUAAGUUCGGUUUUCUAAGCAAAAACCGACACUUACCUGUAGUCUCCUAUCGACAGCAGUCAUUUUUUAAUCGAAACUGUAUCGACUUCCUGUAGUCUUUCCUCUACACGAACGAAUAUGUGCUUGUAGCAUCCCGAAUUUUUGCUUUCCAAAUGCGUUCUUCGGGUAUUCGCAUUGACCCAUCUGUGAAAAACUCGGCGCCUCUGUGGGAUUCGAAUCCACGACAGCAAGGAGAAGUCUUUAAUACAGUCAACGCUCUAGCCACUUGAGUUACGAGGCCCCACCGGGAGACGUGAGUUUAAUCACAUUUGGGUCAAAUUACCCGCUCAGCCUACUGCAACAUCUGGAGACAGAUUUGGUGGAUUCCAGACGUUGCAGUAGAUUGGGUGGGUAAUUUGGCCCAAAUGUGAUCAAACUUACGUCUCCCGGUGAGGCCUUGCAGCUCAGGUUGCCAGAGCGUUGGCUGUAAUAAGGCCUUCCCCUUGCUGUCGUGGGUUCGAAUCCGACCGAGGCGCUGAGUUUCUCACAGUUGGGUCAAUAUGAAUUAUUCGAAAUCUGCCAAAACACCUGUGGUGUCUUCGGGAAUGUUAGAAAUUUGUUAAUGCUGCUUUGCUUUUUGAUCGGGAUAUAACAAAAUUGCAGCCACAUAAUUAUUCCCAGGCCGCACCUGUGCCGUUGAACUGCCGUAUUUCGGCACAUAUUCUGCUGUAAAUGACAUUCAGGCAUCAACCCCUAGUUAGUUUCCUCUUGCUAGGGGAAUUAUCACAAGAGUUUGAGUGCGUUGCGCUAUGUCGUCUAUCAUAUGCGACAAUAUUCGGCUCAGCGGGCCUUUUGUUGCCAUCUAAGUGAACGAAAUAUAUCAUUAAAAGGGUGCCUUCAAAGUUACUUUAACUAAUUCAAGUAUUUGCAGAGCUCCCCACUCCAAUAUAACUGAAUACCAAAUCGGCAAAUUCCGUUCGAUUCCACUGUUAGUUCCUACUGUAUUCCCAUAGCACACAUCACAAAUCAUGCUUUCUUCUUUUAUCAGCCGACAGUAUCAGUGCUUUCCGCACGUAAUGAAGUCGAACGUCGCUUCAAAAAAUUUCCGGAGUACUGCUGCUGAUGAUGUGGAGAGUUGCAAGACUGAUGAAUUACCGCUCCAGUCCGUUGCCGAUGUGUCACCCCCUCCUCAAGUAAACUUCAAGCAGACAGCCUUUAUCCGGGAGAGUCAUGGAAAAUCUAUCUUUGGUCUUGCCUUCAACUCGGCCAAUCGCAGCCGGCCAACUGAUCCCUUGCUCUUUGCCACUGCUGGCGGUAACCACGUAAGUCCUCAAAUUUCACUGCUGUGCACUCGUGUAGAUUUUAUAAUUUAGGGAAUAUAGUAAGCUAUAGCCCCUUACUAAGCAGACUUCCUAUGAGUUUGGUUAUUGGAUAGCCUAGUGCCCGCGUUGAACCGGAGGUCAUACUUAAGAUGAACAUUCUGCGAGGUACAAGAUAAGUAUAUCGUCAGUACAGUCAAAGCCAAUCAGCUGGCGUCCGGGUACAAAUUAGACAUCGUUGAAACUGUUUAGACCCGUCCCUAGGAUCUAGCCAGUGAUUUAGUUAAACAGGGCAACAGAAUUCAACUUCGCCAAACCUCAAACCCAAUACCGGACGGCCGGGAAAAAAUUGUACAGCAGAACUCGAGAAGCGACGAAGUGCCAGCGGGCCUUGCCUGCUCCGAUAUUUUUUGCCGGUAUACCGUCUAGCUUCAUUUUCCACUGCGGGUGAUUAUAAUGAACGCAGGUGAAUUCUGCAACGCAGUCAGCGAUACGGGCAACCGUCGGUUGCCGAUGGCGAAAUUCAAGAAUGCGCCACAGUGAAUAUCUGACCGGCGCAUCCAUGUCCAGCUCGAAAUGUGACCUAGUUGGAUCUCGUUCUCGGGUCACUAACACUUAGAUCGUCUGAGGACGACAACAGCGAACGACCUCUUAGCAAGGUGAAUGAUGGUGCUGUGGUCCUCGCAUAUUGUCUUACCUCCCAUCUUGGAGACAACCUACUCGUGCUUCAUAUGGCUGCGAUCAUGUCUGAUCUGGCAGGUCUCGAUGAUGUCACGGACAUUACUUCCCCGCGCGUGACAAUCCGUGGCAGCAAGUCUGGACAGCUCAACUCAUUCUUUUCGAUAGCAACGGAGACCAAAACCGAAGGUCCGAGGACUAUUUGCAUGUCGUGACGGACUGUGUCGAGCCGGAUCUUCAGUUGACCCUCUCUUCUAUGCCCCCAACUAGUAAACUGUGCCCGGCGGAGCGCAGUAACACUGAGCUCGUGAGGAUAGGCGACGAAGGACGUGUCCAAAUUACCGCAUUCGUUUUUCUUAAAUGGACUGAGAGAUACUUGUAAUGUUUUUGCAGCGAGUGCGGACCGUCUCUUUUGAGACUCAUUCGGUGUACUUCACCCGGAGGAUAGUCAUCCGGGUGCGAACUCCAUAUUUUCAAAACCACUUAGUACCCUUCCGAGAAUUCAAUCAACGGCAUAGUUGAACAUAAUUGGCGACGGGAUGCAACCAUGUCGAACACCAGAUCGGAUACCAAACGGUUGGGAGAGAUUGUUAUGGACGAGAACUCUCGCAGUAGACUACUUUAACCAGCACACCAUCUAAUUCCACUGUUCACCACAGGGAUUCACGAUGGAUGAAAUCGAACGCAGCGCCAAAGCCCACAAAGCAGGCGGCAAUUGGUUGCUGGUAGCCGUGACAGAAUUCUAGAAUGCGCUUCAGUUUAAAGAUCUGGUCCGCUCAUCCACGCCCAGCACGGAAUCCGACCUUGUUAGGCUUCGUUCUAAAGUCACGCGCAGCCUGAAAUCGUCUGAGGACAGUGGCAAAGAUCUUCGCAGCGACGUCGAUGAGGCUUACACCACGGCAGUUCCUCCAUCUUAUCGUAUCAUCCGUCUUGAAGACAGUCAUAAGGAUGCCCGACCCACAGCUAUCAGGAACUACCUCACCCUUCCCUGCAUUUUCAAUCACCUCACGGAGCCAGGGCACCAUAAUGCUGACACAAGACUUGUAGAUUUCAACGGUAACACCGUCCUCUCCGUGUGCCCUCUUGUUCCUCAGUCUUUCCAUUUCAUCAGUAACUUCUUCAGAAGGGAAAGUCGUAUGACUUUGCAUAGGUUAGAGAAGGAUAAAACUCUGCUGCGGAGAGCAGGGGCGUGUGUCUUUGCACAUCAAAGUUGAGAUGCUCGGAGUGCCCACACCGGCGAUCGAUUUUUGUCGAAUUGUUAGCAAUAAAACCAUCAUUCUCAUCACGAACAGAGUCCCUCGGUGUCGAAGGCUUGCCACUAACGUGACGGAUAAUUUGGUACAAUUUUCGAGUGUCAGCAAAGGUUGAGACCUGCUCUAUGGAGGUCUCUGUUUCAGCCGGAUAUUUCUUCCAGUCAUCCCUAGCCGAUUUUUCCGUAAUUUUCCGAAGUCGGUGGAGUGAAUCAUCAUUACCGGGCCUGGCUCGAGCAGUUUUAGCGGACAGCUGUAAGAUUCUUCCGCUGAUCCGAUUACUUCGGCGUCACUAGGUGUAUUCAAAAAUUAUCUCAGCUGCCCCAUAAACCGAUGACUUUAAUGAUGACCACUUGCUACUUGAAGAAGGAGACACGAUCGCCGGGACAAGAGCUUUAUUAGCCUGACGUUUCGGAUUCCUACUCGAAUCAUCCAUCUCCAUCGGUCCGGGUCGUAAACCAGGACCGAUUUCUCUGCUCAGGGCCUCGGUGUUGUUGGGCUGUCAAAGUUUGGCGACAUCAAGGCAUCUUGCACGCGGCGUUUUGGAUAUAGAUGAGAGAUAAAAUUUAAAACGUGUGCGAACGGGAGCAUGGUCCGACCCAUGGGCGCCACUUGUUUUGGCACCAUGCAUCGACCUACUAUCGUGAACUCAGCUGCGGCACCUUGAACUGACUAGAAUGUAAUCGAUUUGACUGACCGUAUGACCGUCAUUUGAGUUUCAGGUCAGCAGAUGUUUGUGGCGAUCCCGGACGCACGUGUUGGUGACAAGUAGUCGGGUUUCCAUCAGCAAAGCUUAGCACUCUCUCACCAUUGUCGCGUCGCAAACCAAGCCCAGGGCGGCCAAUAAGACGACGGCCAGGUCCCCCUCGGCCGUUCCAGUCGGGGGGCAACAAUCAGCAGAUCACGACGGGGAAGUCUUCCGACCAACGCCUGCAGCUGCGGGUAGGAAAUACCUUUACCGCACUGCCCGGCAGCUGAUGUGGGUGCGUAUAAGGAGACGACAGGAAUGUCCAUAAAGUGACCCUUUAGUCGCACAUAGGCUAUCCGCUCAUUGACUGGUUCCCAAGCAAGUCAAACGAGGUUCGUUUGUUGCGAGAGGGUGAUCGCCACAGCGUGUCUACCAAAAGAGUCGCCUGGGGUACAGGGUGAAGUAUGAGUUAACCCCCCGGGACAUUUAUUUGCGGAGCACAAGAGUCGGGAAUUCGGACUUCAGACAGGCAGCAGACAUUCACAUCUUACUGAUGAAGACUGCGCGCCGUCAGACUUUGAGCAUUAGUGUUCAGAAACGUCUGUGCAUUCAAGCAUCCAAUACCUAGGGUCUGUUCCCGAUUGAGUUGUCCAGCUCACGUAGUAUUAGGCCGCACCACUGAAUCGCGGUUGCCAAGCCCGUCGGUUCCCUCGGACCCCGUAGUACGGAUCGUAGUACUGUAUUCGGACAUAUUUUCUUGGGAAAUGUGGGUACAGACGGAUUAUUUGUUCGAGAUUGUCUCCUUUAGCGCCUUGGUUUAAAAACCUCACUACAAGGCAUCGGUGCCAAGCAAAAGUUAUUUAAUGGCGGUUGAAGGUCGCCAUGUCUCUGCCGUCAUCGGGCUUUGCACCACUUUCAUAAGGCUGUCGGCGUGCUCUCCGCACUUGCACUGUCGCUGCCGAUCCGCAGCUGCUCAUUCGCCGGAGCUGAGAGUCUGCUUAUUUCGCAGCACAAGGAUGACCGAAUGACUUGACCUCCCUAUGCUUGCCUAAUCGCCUCAUGGAGCCAGGCCGUCAAAAUGUUAAUGCGGGACUUGUAGUUUUCAGUAGGAAAAUCGUCCUCUCCGGGCGGACUUGUUGUUGCUCAGCUUCACUAUUGCAUCGUGGAUUUCCCCCCCGCGAGGGGGUGUCACUUGACACGGCCUAAGCUAGAGAGACGCAACUUUCAGAGGCAGGGGAAAACCAGGGUGCAAUGGGAUGGUCAUCGGAGUUCAAAGGAUACUGGAUGUGCUCGCGGCAGCGCUCGACAUUGGCCGAGUUGUCAGUCUUGUUCGAAUGCAGAGGGCUGACCACUGACUUGGUGGACAAGUUGGUAGAUAUUUCACUUGCCACCAACGUUUAAGGCCUGCACUGUAGAGGUCACUUACUCAACACAGUACUUUUGCAGUCAUCUCUAAUCGACUUUUCCGUUAUUUUCCGGAGUUGGUGGAAGAAAUCAUCGUUGGUAGUAUGUUAUUACCGACAAAGACAAAGGAGACUGGAAUGGCCAUUUGUGGCUUAUUAGCCGUCGUCAGCCAGUCAUACCCAACACCGAAGUGUGCAACACCCGAGGCUCGAACUCCCGAUUCGUUAGUUAGAAGUCUGCACCUCUAACCGCUGGGUCACGAGCCCGUUGCCCUGUCGGUGUCGAUCGGAAAUACACAAUGAUAGGGGACACUCAUCGAUCGUUCUUACUGAACUCACUCGUCCCGUUGUGCCUUACGGGCUCUCUCUCUCUCGAGCCUAACCGGCGGCGCAUGAUAUAGGCAGUAUGUUAUUACCGACAAGGACAAAUCAUCGUUGUUGAGUCUGGCUUGCGUUGUCCGGGCAGACAUCUGCAGGGUUCUUCUGUCGAUCCAGUCAUUGCAGCUUCGUCGGAUGAAUCUACUGCUUUUUCUUCUGCCUCACAUAGCCUGAGAACGUGGUAGUUCUUGCACUCUGUCGGUCGAACCACAGUCAUUAUGGACGAUUUCGUCUCCCCAUGCCCGCUAACUCAGGCGAGUUAACGGGACGCCAGAGUGCGGACACAUGACAUUAGUUGUAAUGCCGCCCACUCUGGUCGCGGCAUUGUUGCACAGCCUCAAUGUUUGCGUCCGCGAUCUCUUCCCUGGAGCGCGAGAGAAGAAGGCAUCUUGACAAACAUGGCGUAAGCUUACUCCUAACGCGUGUCGCACAUAUGAUCGAUAUGUUCGUGUACCCAGCGCACGCUUACCAGCGGUGCAGCCCAUUUGAGCAUUUGUAAUAAAUCCCAUAGUGGUUCCGUCCACCUCUCGCCCACCUUUUUUGUGCAUUUAUACAGAGUAAAGUUAAAAAUGACAUCGUCGUCGGUCAAGAGUCUGCCUCGUUGUCAUAUCACGCUUCCGUAGCCACCCUCACCCCCGUCUUGACUGGAUUCCUGUAUUUAUAGGUCAUGCAUUGUUUUCUGCCUUGAUUACUUGUGCGACUUGCUUUUGCACUUGAAAAGGUCACAAUUUAUCAGUGUAAAGAUCUGGAUACCAACGGAGCUGAUGGCAGCUCAUGCAUCACCCUGCUGCAGUCUUUCUCCGAUCCUGCCGGGGAAGAGGAGGACUUCUACACCUGCGCCUGGUCCCGAGACACCAAUGCCGUCUCCCCGGGUAACGGCCUGCCACGUUGCUGGUGGCUUGAGUGUAGUGAAACUCAACAGGAACGACCAAAGCCUCACCAGCAUCAGCCGGUCACUGACUCGAUCGUAUUUGGCCCCGAUCACUUUCUACAGCCUUAUCAGCAGCUGUUAGCAGUCGCUGGAAAACGCGGCAUCAUCCGCAUCCUCUGUCCCAGCCUAGCAAACUGUCCGGCCAGUCUGGUUGGUCAUGGUCAGGCAAUCAACGAGCUCAAGUUCCAUCCCAAGGAUCCUGCCCUACUCUUUUCCUUUAGCAAAGGUUUGUAACUAGUGGUCUCUUGCUGCUGCUGCUUUAGUAGACUUUUAAGUAGACCUGAAGCACUAUUUCUCAGGUAUGAAUUUAAAGCAAGCAUAGAUAACAGGGCUCGUAAGGCACGUUAGAACGAGUGAGUUUCGUAAGAACGAUCGGUGAGCACCCCCUACCAUUGUAUGUUCCCGAUCGAAACCGACAGGGCAACGGGCUCGUGGCCCAGUAGUUAGAGGCGCGGACUUCUUACUAAUAGGUCGCGAGUUCGAGCCUCGGGUGCUCCACACUUCGGCGUUGGGUAUGACUGGCUGACGACGGCUAACAAGCCAGAAAUUGCCAUUCCAGUCUUCCUUGCCCUUGUCGGUAAUGGCACAACAGAAUUUAUUGGAACCAAUAUAUUUCGCGACGGCUCAUCAACUGCAGCCUAUCGUUGCAUAGGAGAGAUAGCAAAUGAGAAACAUACAGAGAUUUGAACUUCCACAAAUAAAAUGAGUAUGAAACAGCAAGAUCAUCGUAUACUGCACGCAGACUAAUCAAUAAAAUAGUAACUUGAAAACGCAACUUAGAAAAGAAAACGGGGAAGUUAGCACGCAGAGGGGUUGCGCAAAUCAAAGGGCUGAGAUUUACCAGGGCAAGCUGAGGUUGACCACGUGGUCUGACUGUUCGCAUAGGUCUGGUUUCUCCUGCCGUAUAUAGGCUGCCUCCAAGUAGCGCAGUCUUCGAGUUGUUAGUGCCCCAACUAAUGCUCGAAAAGAUGUUUUAGGGUCAACGGAAUGACGGCUAUGUAGGAGGUGCGUUGAUUUGCGCAACCCCUCUGCGUGCUAAUUUUCCCGUUUUCCAUCCUAAGUUGUGUUUUCAAGUUGCCACUUUAUUGAUUAGUCCGCAUACAGUAUACGAUGACUUUGCUGGUUGAUAUUGAUUUUAUCUGGAGAGGUUCAAAUCUCUGCAUCUUUCUCAUUUGUUAUCUCUCUUAUGCAACGACAGGCUGCAGUUGAUAAGCCGUCGCGAAAUUUAUUGGUUCCAAUAAAUUCUGCUCUCCAUGCUUGCUUCAAACUUUCAGUUACUCCUGAUAUUUUGCUGCUUCACUGUGUCAGAACUCUGCGUUGUAAAAGAUCGUAUGUGUGAAGGAACUCAAGGUCAAGAAGUGCGUCCCCUCCCCAUUCUACUAGUAACUGGAAGGCUAGGAGAGGUUAUUAUCAUUGACGACGCUACACCGUUGCCGGACUAUCAGAGACUCAGAGUCGCAACUGUGAGACUUCUAAUGGUGGUGACGGAGGCGGAGGAGGAGGAGGAGGAGAGAGAAAAAAGUAAACCAGCCCGAAUCCUAACGCUGCUGCAGUUCAUAUAAUAUAACGUAACAAUGAGCAAACUUGUUCGACAUGUCUACCCUUGCGGCAUUUGCGAUUUCAACGUGCCGUCGAUGUGGCAGCUACGGCGCCUGGGUUUAUGCACGAAGCUCCAAACUGUCAUUUACCUCGACUCGUCAUCUACUAGAAGUCUACUCUUUGUCCGUCCUGUCCGCAUGACAGCCGGCUAAACCGUCCAUCGCAGUGGCCGUUUCACACCCAACUGAGCCAUCAAUUACAGUGAAACUUUUGGACACCUUUUACAUCUACCACCAGAUUCCCCCAUCCCUUACCAAACAGCAGUCCAGACCUUGCUUUAACGACCGUAGAUUACGUGCUUGAGGAGGCCCGCCACCGCCUGGUUCGAGACUACGCGAGCCAAUGCGCGAAUAGAAGGAAAUCUUGCGGCUCUACCCGGCGCAGUGUAUGUGGCUGGAGUUAGCAUGAGGCUUUUUUGUUGAACGUUUCGUCCUUGAACGCAAACUAUGUGUCUACCGUUUUCUAGAUUACACUAUCCGCCUGUGGAACAUUGCAACCCACGUGCCUGUAUGCAUUUUUGGGGGAGCUGAGGGUCAUCGUUCUGAAGUGCUGUAUGGUGACCUUUCAUUGACUGGAGACCUCCUUCUGUCCGCCGGUAUGGACCAUACAGUCAAGAUUUGGCGUCUCGACUCGCCAGAGCUGAAAAACGCCAUUAUCAACUCUUUUACGCCUACGGCCAAGUGAGUAAUUAAUCCAAAAAUUGUGCCUACUUUAAUGUUCUAAGUACACCUUUUUAUUUUGAUUCAUAAGCCAUAGUGGAGAGUGAGGUAGAAGCAUCGGAAGUCUGCUUCAUUAUGAGAAAGUUCAUGUGCAAGUCGUUAUUGCCACUUAAGACAGAACAGCAACUUACAGUAGGUGACCGAACUCAUGAAAUAUGCCCAAAAUAACGAAGUGCGCUAUCAAUCGGCAACCAGUCAAAAUGCAUCCACCAAAGCACCAAACUGAUCAUGAACGACCUCUGGUAAAUGGAGACGCGAAGCAAAUACUUGAAGUACUAUCUCGUUAAUUAGGAAUGACCAUUUUCUUAAGUAGACCGGAAGGGCGAAAAUUCGUGCCGAAUAAGUAGACUCCAGUUUUGGAAGCACACAAAGCCUAUCCAUAAAUAAAACGACUUAAACACAGCAACGUUUUAAAAAACGGUUUCGUUACGUACAUUCCCGGUAAGCAUCCUCCGAGAAUUAGUAUUAUGUGCAAUCUGGCACAUAGCUAAGUACGUAAAUUUUGGUAAUGUGUUUCAGAAGCUUCGUGCGAGAGCCCGAUGCAACUUUUUCAUUUCUUUUCGCUCGAGAUGCAGGUGAUCAAAUCAAGGGGAUUUCGCUGACGGAUACGCUACAGAAAUAGGAGUUUUCAUGAGGUCGCAUGUUUACAGGCCGGUCAGUGAUUAAGAAAUUUGAAUUAACACAUGCAAUCAUAAGCAUACCAUUCUGGGUGUACCAGGAUGUUUCUUCAUCCGUGCUCAUUUUGGUGACGGUGGAGUUCAUUGGCUUUCAGAGUGUUCUUGAAAUGUCUGAAUCUUCUGCGGAUUUCAGUGUUCUCAAUCGACUGUCCACAAAAAUGAGUUCUGUGCGGUGUGUUUAUCGAAACCAUCAAAAUAAAGUAUUCUUUGAAAGUAUUUACCGAAGCAGUGAGUUCCGAGACAUUAUUUCUGGUCGUUAGGGUCAUAUUUAAAGACUCACUCAAACAUGGAAACUCACUUUAAAAAGCAUGGACGUCCAUAACGACAGUCGGCGAUGAAUGUGCUUCUGGCUAAUGGAGGAACACUUUCUUAUAAGUUACCGCCUUAAAAAGCUUUUUAAUAAGGCAUUGCGCUGACGGAUGUCCACGGACUCUAUCCCUUUCCGAGGUAAAGUCGAAAAAAGUAGUUAAAGUUUUGGCCGGCUUUUUCACCUCCCCAAAAAUACUGAUGCUUUUUCAACUGCAAAUGAAAAGACUCACCUCCCUCGUAUCGGAGCCAUUUUGGAUAUCUUUAUGUACGUUGAGAACUCAUUUUGCGGUUAUAAGUGCGCAACGGGGUGGCCAUAUAAGUAUUAAUAUGUAGCCCAAACUGAUGGUGUCCUGUCCGUUCUAUUUCUAAAUUGCGUGUUGGCAGAAACUAGAGCGCGUAAAAAAGGUCCUGCCAAAUGCUCAACAGUUAAAAUAUCCAUUUCUCGAUGGGCCUUUCCAUGUUUUCCUGUGCUAUAUUCGUAAACUACGGGAAAAUUUCGGUAUGUUUAAACAUUAAAUUGCCUAUAGGCAUUAUUACAGCUUUUUAGGGCGUGAAAUGGCACAGAUUUAGAAAUCCGACUUUCAAAAACCGAUAAAACAUCUGUUCCCAUCCUGCUUCACCUGACUUACGCGGGCCAAAAACCGAUUUUCAGGUUUGGCAAGUUUUGUUUGGCAAAGUUCGCCGUUUACUUACUCUUCUCCCAUAAAGAAACACCCACGGAGGUGCGAAUUUGGUCCAAGCUAUUACCCAAAUAGAAAAUAACGUAGAUUUUCGCCCAAAUUUUGCAAACAUUUUGCCUGAUAAAAUUGCCACAAAACAUAUUCUUCAUGAAACGGUUGUCUUCUUAAACGGGCAAGGCGAAUAGAAAAAGUGCACAGCGUUUUAGGUGCUAAAAAUGAUCAUCUCGAGUAUGCUGUCAAGUAUACUGUCUCGUGAGACCCCUGUACAUAAUACUGGUUUAUUGUCGGUAGCUUGAGUCUUAUGCGGUUAUUCCGCUCUAACUGAUGGACAUCAGCUCAACUAUUCACCUCAAAUUUCAGUCUGACUCUAUAAGUCUCGAGUAGACUCAUCUACUCCAAGUUGGCGAUCAAUUUCUGAGGAACUUGAAAAGCUGCAAUUUCAAAACGGGUGUAUCUACCUGAAAGUAUAUAGGGAACGCUGGGGGCCCACUGAUGAGCCGAAGCUCCUAACAACUGUGGCAUUCAGCGGCAGAACAUCGGCGAUACACGCGUGUCUGAGCUUUUGACUGGUACUUGUACUAUCCAUUAUGAUGCAUCGUACAACCCAUGUACAUCCCAACUCUCUCCAUCGCGUUUCGAGAGUUAGGUUACGUACUGUAUGUAUAUUCCCACGCGCUGCUGUCUCCAAGAGAAACUUGAGUCUGAUUAUAGUCUGCUCAGCGGAGGCUUUUCGCGACAUCUUCACGACUUCCGAAGCUUAUCGUCUCUUCCCCCCUCUCCCCCAUCCCGUAGUUGAUGGUAUUUUCGCCUCAUCACUUGUAGACCCUUCCCCACGUUGCUUCAGCACUUCCCCGAGUUCAGUUCACGCGACGCGCAUGGCAAUUAUGUCGACUGCGCGCGCUGGUUCGGUUCUCUGAUCAUCUCAAAGUCCUGCGAGAACAGCGUGGUGAUCUGGAAACCGGGAAGUCUGGAUACUCCUCCGGGUGGUGGUGGUGGGUCAGACCGUGUGAACGGUCUGAUACUGCCAACUCGACUGAAGAGCGUCGGCCACACGAAGCGGAACGGCGGAAUCACCUCCAUGACUGGUGUCCCCACAGAGCACCACUGCAGCAUUCUGCACCAACUCAAGAUACCCGACUGUAACCUAUGGUAUAUACGGUUCGAUCUGGACCUCGAAAAUAGGCUUCUUGCGCUCGGAACUGGCACUGGCCCUUUGCGCAUUUACAUUUGGGAUUUGUCCCAUCCGGAAUCUGCCUUUACUCUAACUCCCAAGGUAAGCAUUUAUUUGCUCCUAGAUUAGCUGUGAUUGCGACCAACUGUGUUUGAGUGCGCGCCUUCGUUUUCUACUUUAAGGCUCUGAACGUGUGUGUAACCGGUGUUCGAGAAGUCGGAGGAGCCAGCAACUUUGGUGCCAUACGCCAAACUCGGUUUGCCAACGAUGGAAAUGUUCUUGUGGCCGUCGGCGAUAAUGGACUGAUUGUCCGUUUUGAUAAGGAAUGA